CCAAAUGCAAUUGCUUAUCCAGGUUCUACAGAAAUGGGAGUUAAGCUUGGCAAUGAAGAUUUCAGUUAUUCAAUUGGGCAACAUGUUACUGGAUUUGUCUAUAAAUUGGAUAGUGAAUGGAUCUGGUUAACAAUGUCUCGACAUGUGAAGGCUCAGCUCUACGUUCUUGACAGUUCAUGUGAACCUACUGAACUUCAGGAAUUCCAGAAGCGCUAUACUGUGGGGAAAGCAAUAUCUGGUUAUAUUUUAAGUGCUAAUAAGGAGAAAAAGCUGUUACGUUUUGUGCUGCGUCUAAUUUAUUCUGCUCCUGAUAGAACACUUGGUUGUGAAACUACUAAGAUAGAUGACACAAGCAAUCACUUGAAUGGGAAUGUAGCAUACCAUAUUCACGAAGGUGAUGUGGGCGGCAGGAUUUCCAAAAUUCUUCCUGGUGUGGGUGGAAUGCUCAUCAAAAUAGAUCCACACCGGUAUGGAAAGGUCCAUUUUACUGAAUUGACAGACUUAUGGGUUUCUGACCCAUUGUCUGGAUAUCAUGUUGGAUUAUGCCAUAUUUCCGAGCUUUCUGAUGAUCAUGUUAACAAUAUUGAAACUAAAUACAGAGCAAGGGAGAGAGUUACAUCAAAGGUUUUGAAGGUGGAUGAGGAUAGACAACGAGUUUCUCUUAGGAUGAAGAAAUCUUAUUUUAUGAGCAAUUAUGACAUUCAAGCUCCUUCAAAGCAGAAGUAUGAUGAUGCCAUUGAGGAAAAAGAUCACAUGAAUUUGGACUUUGAAUGUGAAAAUGGGCAGCAUCUUCUUCUUGCUGAAGUGGAAGCGAGGGCUUCUAUUCUUCCACUUGAGGUCCCUCUCGAUGAUAUAGAGAAAUCAGACAUGGUUAAUGCUGCUUUUCAAAAUAUAGAGCACGUUGAUGAUGCUGAUGCUGUAGAUCAAAAGAAUAAAAGCCAGGCAAAGAAGAAAGCCAAUGAAGAGAGGGAACGAGAAAUUAGGGCUGCUGAAGAAAGGCUAUUAGAGAAAGAUAUUCCAAGAAGUGCUGAUGAAUUUGAGAAAGUGGUUAGAAUUUCCCCAAAUAGCAGCUUUGUCUGGAUAAAGUACAUGGCAUUUAUGCUUUCUUUGGCUGAUGUUGAGAAAGCCCGCUCAAUUGCUGAGAGGGCUUUGAAGACAAUAAACAUCCGAGAAGAAUCUGAGAAGUUGAAUGUAUGGGUGGCUUAUUUUAAUUUAGAGAAUGAAUAUGGAUAUCCUCCAGAGGACGCCGCUUCAAAAAUAUUUGGAAGAGCAUUGCAGUAUUGUGAUCCCAAAAAGGUGCAUCUGGCACUGUUGGGAAUGCAUGAAAGGAUUGAGCAACACAAGUUGGCUGACUUGGUGAUGUGGAUGUGA